AUUUGGGACCCCGGAGUGUAUGAGAACAUGUGCAGUAAUGUCAUCUCAAAAGAAAGUUAACUCUUGGGCACGAAAGAGGACUUCACAGGAUAGUAGUAGCUAUCAGACUAGACUUUCAGCCUGGAGAGUAAAAGAGGACCUAAAUGACUCAAAGAGCAUCUCAAAAUGUGGACAGAACAAUACUGUGGAAGAUUGUGAAGGUGCUGAUGGUCAAACAGAAAACGCUCUGCAGAUAGCAUUGAGAUACUUUGAGAAAGGUCCCAUUAAAACUUCACAGAAUAAAGAGAAACACUUGAAAACUGUGGAAAACGUGGCAUGGAAGAAUGGGUUAGCUCCAGAAGGAAUUGACAUUCUAUUAAGUGUGGCACUCAGUGGCAAAUUUGGGAGUGCUGUAAACACUCGGAUAUUCAAGUGUAUGAUUCCAGCAACUCUAAUAUCAGAAGAUUCUGUGGUUAAGGCGGUCUCCUGGCUUUGUGCUGGCAAGUGUUCUGGUAGCACCAAGGUGCUUUUUUAUCGUUGGCUGGUUGCAAUGUUUGACUUCAUUGAUCACAAGGAGCAAAUUAACUUGCUCUAUGGCUUCUUUUUUGCUUCAUUGCAAGAUGAUGCACUGUGCCCUUAUGUCUGCCAUUUGUUAUAUUUACUUACCAAAAAAGAGAAUGUCAAACCAUUUCGUGUGAGAAAACUGCUUGAUCUUCAGGCCAAAAUGGGAAUGCAGCCUCAUCUCCAGGCUUUGUUGUCACUGUAUAAAUUCUUUGUUCCUACUUUGAUUUCUGUAUCUUUGCCUAUGAAAAAGAAGAUUUAUUUUAAGAAUUCAGAGAAUCUGUGGCAGACCGCUCUACUUGCUCUGAGGUCAAGGAAUCAAGGAUUUCCUUCAGAACCUCUAAAGUUGAUGUUAGCUAAUGUCUAUCCUAUAAAAAGAAAAUGGAAUUCUCACUCAAUUAUACCAGUGCUAAAUUCCUGUAACUACAGUAAAGAAAGUAGAAAAAAAAGGAUGAAUCUUUCUGAUUACUUCAGUAGCAAUGGAUCAUUUCCACUGGAACAGCUUAAAAGCUUCCCUCAACUCUUACAGAACAUUCAUUGCUUAGAGCUGCCUUCUCAGAUGGGCGCAGUACUGAACAGCUCUCUGCUACUUCACUAUAUUAACUGUGUCAGAGAUGAGUCAGUCUUACUGAGGCUCUAUCACUGGUUGAGUCAAACAUUACAAGAAGAGUGUAUUUGGUACAAGGUGAAUAAUUAUGAUCAUGGAAAAGAAUUUGCCAACUUCCUGGACACUAUCCUCAGGGCAGAAUGCUUCUUACAAGAGGGGUUUUAUUCCUGUGAAGCAUUCCUGUAUAAGAGCCUUCCUCUCUGGGAUGGCCUCUGUUGUCGAUCACAGUUCCUUCAACUUGUGAGCUGGAUUCCUUUUAGUAGCUUCUCUGAGGUGAAGCCACUUCUUUUUGACCAUCUUUCACGGCUUUUCUUUACAUCAUCUAUUUUUUUCAAGUGUAGUGUUCUUCAGUGUCUGAAAGAACUACUGCAGAAUUGGCUGCUGUGGCUUUCUAUGGACGUCCACGUGAAAUCUGUGAGGAACAGUCCUCUAGAAACAACUUUAGGUGGAUCCAUGAACUCUGUGUCUGAACUGAUUCACUACGUAGGAUGGCUGUCCACUACUGCAGUUCGCUUGGAAAGCAACCGUACUUUCUUGCUGCACUUUAUUUUGGAUUUCUAUGAGAAGGUGUGUGACAUAUAUAUAAAUUAUAACCUUCCAUUAGUGAUAUUGUUUCCUCCUGGGGUCUUCUAUCCUGUACUCCUCAGCCUGGAUUCCAGUAUCCUGAAUCAACUCUGUUACAUUAUGGACAGGUAUCAUAAAAAUUUGACUGCUGCAAAGAGAAAUGAGUUUGUACACAAGACAAAAUCAGAGUUCAGCUUCAGCAGCAAGACCUAUCAAGAAUUUAAUCAGUAUUUGACAGCCAUGGUUGGUUGUCUGUGGACAUCCAAACCCUUCCAGAAAGGAUUAUAUAUUGACCCUGAAGUCUUAGGAAAUGCUUCAGUAGCAGAGUAUAAAAAAAGUUUAAAUUUAGUCCAUCAUCCUGCUUUUUUGAGUUAUACUGUUUCCUUUCUGCUACAGGAAUGCCCAGAAGAAAGGAAAGUAAACAUGAGCUCUAUUCGGGGGAAGAAAUGGAACUGGUAUUUGGACUAUUUAUUUUCAGAGGGGUUACACGGCUUGAAACACUUCAUAAGAAGUAGUAUUCAUCGUUCUUCUGUCCCCUGAGCAGAGAGCAUAAACCACCUGAUCAACAUUUUUUUAAUGUUUCAUGUCAUGGAUGUUUUAGCACGAUAUUUUUAAAAGGCUGCUGUUAGCAGUCAUGUAAUAGAACAGACGUGGGGUUGGGGUCAAGCCAGCCUAGGUU